AUGUCUAACGGUUCUCUUUCUAACGCCUCCCGGGGACGAGCUCCUUUAUCAUCUACCCACGCCACUCUGGUUCACCUGGCCCUCUUCCUGCUCUGGUAUACACUAACAUCCCUAACCCUCCUACUUCCCGACAAACAUAUGAAUACAACACCUGGACACCCCUAUGCCUGGCAGUUGCUUAUCACGUCCCUCCAAGAAGAGCUGUCUCGGCUCUGUACACAAAUUCCCGAUGGCCGUCUAGAGGAGUACCUGUAUAUCGUUGCUGGCCAGCGAUGCAUCGACGCUGCCGACCUAACGCCAGAACUCUUCGCACAUUACGAGAGAGCAAAAAAUAUACGGAUGUUCUCUUUGAGAGAGCGCGGGAUAAUGGCUGUGCGAGUAAGUUUGUAUCUGGACCUACUGCUUUACACCAAGAAGACGGUCUACAUGGCGAAAACAUAUGAAACUUAG